AUGGACUUUCGGAAAAAGAUCAUCAAAACAAAUGCAAAUGACAUUGGAAUUGACGUCCAAGUAUUCGAGUCCAUAAGCGAUGUGGUGGAUGUCACAUUGCGUAUAAAUCCUACUUUGCAAUGCAUGAAGCGACAGUGUGCAGAAUGUGGUAUCCACAAACUAUACUUAUUACCAGAAGAAACUGGAGACGCGGAAACAGACGAAACAGUCAAGUGGGAAAAAUUUGAAAAAGUUGAAAUCAAAGUGAAGGGCAAUAAAACAACAAAGAAACUCGUUCUGGUUAAAAAGGAAUCAAAAGUCAGUGAUUUAUUUUCACACUUUUUGCAACUAUUAAAAUCGUUUCCAUUCCAUCAACACCGAGCUACUUGGCAAAACAACCAAUUUCAAGAACUUUCAUCUAAUCUUCCACUCAACCACUGCAUCUGUGUUCAUGACUUUUCUGAAAAUUACCGUUGCACAGAAUUAAAACAACUUCAAAGUGCUUACUUUCAAAAAACUGAGGUCUCUGUUCACGUUACGAUUAUACAUCGCCAUGCACUACCCGACAUUGAUGGAGUGGAGAGCACUGAGCAGAACCCAGAAAUAAUCACUGAACAUUUUUUUGUUAUUAGUGAUGAUCAACAGCAUGACAAGUAUUUCGUCCAUGAAGUUCGUAAAACAAUAUCCGAGUACUUGGCAUCUAUUUCCUACCCGGUUGACACCAUGCACGAGUUCACAGAUGGAUGUGCAGCCCAAUAUAAGAGUCGACAUUGCUUUGGGGAUAUCAGCAACUCCAGUCGGGAUUUCGGUUUCAAACAUUUUACCAGAAAUUAUUUUGAGACUGCACAUGCUAAAGGACCUCAAGAUGCUGCUGGAGGACUGUUAAAAAGACAGGCAGAUCUGGCAGUUUUGCGUGGACAAGCCCAUAUACAAAAUGCCCGGGAUCUGUGAAUUUGCUGUUUCGAAUUUGACGCGGACAAAAUCUGUUUGCCGGAGACGGCUUUUCCGUUUUCUUGA